GCUAUAUAUUGUGGCAUCGGCUUACAGCUCCAAGUAUUCCACGGCCAGAGUUUUACCGAUCGGUCCUACGGUCGUUCCGCCAUGCUAUUUGCCAAUACAAAGCUUUUAGGGUACGUCGUGUGGUUUGCUUGGAUGGCCAAUGGGUACCAAAGCGAUGGAGGCGAUACGGAAGUCAACAGGACCAUAGAUUGUAUAGCGGCGAGAAGCGCAUGCGAGGGAGACAUAAACUGUGCGAUCGCCAUGUACAAAGUGUUUGCAAAGGAACAGUGUCACAAAGCUCUUGGAUUCAAUAAAGCAGUCGACCAAAUCACCGGUCCAGCGGCUAAAAUCUGCCCUAGAGAAUGUGCUAUAGCGAUUCACAACCUCACAUCACACUCUGUAGGAGAAUUAUUUCAAGACUGCGAGUGUGUCAACCGGGAUUCCAUUUGUUUGACUCUAAAGGCGCGAAUGAGAAGAUGUAUGGAUACACUGGACGGUCCGAGAAACAACACGAUUCGAGGUUGCACCGAGGUCCGGCAGGAGUGCACAAAUGACAUAACUUGUGAUCUAGCACAGAAGAACUUUCUCAAGAAGUGUUCGCGUAUGAUUUCUGGCGUUGAAUGUUCGGACGAGUGCAAACUAGCUAUACAUAACAUGCUCUCGGUGCCUCACGGCCAAGAAUUGGACGACUGUGAGUGCGACGGUUAUGAAGAGCCCCACUGUAGAGGAAUAUGGGCUCAUUAUAAAGCUCUAUGUUUCGCACAAAGACCCACAAGUGGGCUAAGACGGCAUAGCCCGACAGAAAGGACUCCGUAUGUCGGAGCUGGUAGAAAUAAUAGCAGUAAAUUACACAAGGCAUUGGAAGUGACUUGCUGUAUAUUUGCUAUGAUUACACUUUAUCUACAUCACUUACUAUAGUAGCUUCAUUUAUUCAAAGUCCAUAGGUUGUUAGGGAAUAGAUGGAUAAAGUCGGAUGGGUAAUGCAAGCCUUGGACGAUAAAACCACAGCCGUCCGAAACGGUCUAAACUCGACUGUUCAAAUUUGUAUAAAAAAAGUAAUUGUAAAUAAGUUUUCAGUCGAUUAUUAUAAUUAUGGGGUAGAGGACCGUGUAAAUACCAAUUAUAUAUUUGAAUCAUUCAUGGGAGUCUAGCUCAAAGGCUGCCUCAUGCAUGCAAACGCGAUGCAAUGCUUAGAAUCGGAAAAAUUACUCCGAGUGUUGACAAACUCGACAAUCUCUUCAUUCUCUACCAGAGUCUGCUUAUUACUGGCUGGUAAUCCAAGGCCUUCUCUUUUAUUCUCACGUUUGUAUUGUUCUGAGCUGGUUUAAUAACUUUAUGUAAUUGAAGAAAUUACUUCGGGAUUAAAGCCAUAACAAGUCGAGUACGAUAAACAAAAGUGCAUUUGCUUUAAGACUUACUCGGUUUAUGGCUAAGACCUGAAUCCUGUGGGGCACUGCAAACAUUGGCUAACUUGGCGGGCCGGAGUAUUACAUGGGCAUGCAUGAAUUAAAUUAUUUCGCAUUCGUCUACAAAUUCCAGUUUUGCACCUUUGUAUCUUGGUGAUAAAUUUGUACAAAUUGUUUAAUUCAAUAAAAAUGAGUUUUGACGUUGAGCUUUUUACGGAAUUUGUUCCGGCUCAAUAGCGUUCGUUUAACGUUCAUGUAAUUAUAACAUAAACACGAGGAAAUAAACUAUUAUUUUAUAGCAAA